CGCGGUGUUUAAUCUUGCCAAAUUUUGACAAGGGCAGAAAAAAAAUUAUUAUCUGGUGGUUUUUUGGUAAAUUUUUACUAAUUUUAUCGCAUAAUUUUAGCAAAAUGUCAAACCGAAGGCUCACCAAUCUGCUCUUUUACUAUAAGCCGAAUCUUCCUAUCAAAAUAGUUCCGGAAAAGAUGAGUAUGGUUGAUUAUUUCAAAAAAUGGCAUUUCUUGAGAUCCGAAUACUACAAAUUGGGUUUAUAUCACGAUGAUAUUUUGUACUGUUUCCCUGAUGUUGAUGAAGCUGUUCGUCGUUUACCGAAAGCAGUGAAAGAAGAAAGAGAUUGGAGGUCUAUUCGCGCUAUUCAGUUGGAUUUGAAUCACAAGAUAUUACCUCAGGAGGAAUGGAUUCAAUGGGAAGAUGACAUCACCGUUGGUAGAUACCUUCAGCCUUACUUGGCUGAAGUAAAAAAAGAAUGGAAAGAAAAAGAUAUCUGGAAUAGUAUCUAUUAAAAUCGGUUUUAUUUAGCGCUUUUUUCGUCUACAGUUUACUCCACAUUUCCAUCUGGUUUUAAGAGUACAUCUUUCAUGUUGAAUUGCAACAUUAUCGAAGUGGUAAACGAUUUGUUACGAUUUAGUUAUUGGUUUACUUAUGUGUAUCAUUAAAUGUACAAUAUAAUAAAAUUACGCUUGUAAUGUGAA